AUGGGUUUCUCCGAUUGGGUUCGGGUCGAGGCGGUGGGUUUCAGUGGAGGCAUUUGGACGUUUUGGAAUAAAUCUUCGCAUGUCUCGGUCAUUGCUACUCACCCUCAAUUCAUUCUUUUGCAGGUUAAGAGCGACCAACAAAAUCCUUGGUUUUAUGCGGUGGUCUACGGCAGCCCGACUCAUCAUUUACGUCGCCGGUUGUGGGCUGAGUUAACCAUUACUAAGCACAACCUCUAUGGGCCUCUUUUGAUUGCUGGCGAUUUUAAUUCAGUGAUCACUCGGGAGGACAUUGAUAACUAUACCACCUUCUCGUCUCAACGUAGUUCAGAUUUCGCUGAGUGGAUCCAAUCGGAAGGCCUCGUCGACAUGGGCUACAAUGGUCCAAAAUUUACCUGGGUUAAAUCCUUUUCGAGUGGUGUUACUAAAAGCGCCCGUUUAGAUAGAGCUUUCUGUAACGUUGAAUGGCGCCAACGCUUUCCGGAGGCAGUAGUUUCUCAUCUCCCUCGAGUCGCGUCGGAUCAUGCACCGAUUUUGAUACAAGUGGCGGCGCGUACUCCUACUGUCAGGCCUUUUCCUUUCAGAUUCCAAGCAGCCUGGUUCACGAAUAACGGGUUAUAUGACAUUGUUAACACCACCUGGGAUACAAGUAUUGAUUUUUGUACUAACGUAGCCCGUAUGGGGUUUACCCUUGCAGGUUGGAACAAAAGUGUUUUUGGGAACAUACAUCACAAGAAAAAAGCGGUUUUGGCUCGCUUGUCUGGUGUUCAACGCCGUUUGACCUCUUCUCCCCAUGUCGUUCUAUUUAAGUUAGAACGAAAGCUUAUGGAAGAAUACAAAGAUAUUCUGUAUCAAGAGGAGCUUUUGUGGUUCCAGCGGUCCUGGGAGGAAUGGAUAGCUUCAGGCGAUAGAAACACGGCCUACUACCAUGUUGCAACCACCAUUCGAAGGGCACGUAACACAGUUACUACCUUAAGGGGCGAUGAUGGCUGUUGGAUUACGGAUUCGGCGGCCCUAAAAUCAUAUGUGAGGGCUUUCUACGAAGACCUUUUCUCCAGUGAAUCCCGGUCUCUUCCUCACGCAGCUUUAGGAGGAGCUUUCCCCUGCCCCAGGCCCAGAUGGCUUCCAUGCAGCCUUUUAUCAAAGAUUGUGGGUGACAGUCUUUACCAGUUGGUUCAACAAGCUUUUACCAAUGGUACUUUUCCGAGGGAAAUCAACGACACACUGUUAGUUCUCAUUCCGAAGAUACAGUCUCCAGAAACGAUUAAACAAUUCCGACUGAUUAGCUUGUGCAACGUAAGCUAUAAGCUUAUUACCAAAACCAUCACAAACAAGUUGAAGUGCAUUCUUCCGACGUUGGUAGGGCCUUUCCAAAGCUCGUUUGUACCGGGGCGACAAAUCUCCGAUAAUGUUAUCAUCUUUCAAGAGGUUAUGCAUUCUAUGCGUACUAAACGGGGUCAAUGUGGCCACAUGGCUAUUAAACUAGACUUUGAAAAAACCUAUGAUCGACUUUCUUGGUCUUUCAUUGAGUCGACCUUACAGGAAGCCGACUUUGACCAGAAUUGGAUUACCUUGAUCAUGUACUGCAUCCGAACACCUAGUAUGUCGAUUAACUGGAAUGGAGAACGGCUCCAGCACUUCAGGCCAGAAAGAGGGAUUCGUCAAGGUGACGCUAUGUCACCGGCUAUCUUUGUCCUCUGCCUUGAGAAAUUAAGCCAAAUGAUUUCCCUGAAAGUGGACUUCGGGGAAUGGAAAGGGCUUAGGUUGGUACCUUCUUGCCCUACGUUAUCUCACUUGUGUUUCGCGAAUGACACGGUCCUUUUCACGGAAGCUUCUUUGGAGCAAGUCGAUAUUGUUAAAGAUUGUCUGUUGCAGUUUUGUGACGCGUCUGGCCAAAGAAUUAAUUUUGCUAAGUCACAGGUGUUUUUUUCAAAGAAUGUUCCACCUGUUCUAGCUUCUGCCAUUUCCAAUCAGUUGCAAAUCGAACAGACUAAUGAUCUAGGGAAAUACCUCGGGGUGAAGUCGAUUCAUGGUCGAGUGACUUGCCACCACUUUACUGAGUUAUUGGACCGUAUAAACGGUAGAUUGGAGGGCUGGAAAACUAAAACCCUCUCUGUGGCUGGUCGAGUCACACUUGCAAAAGCGGUCCUUAAUGCCAUCCCUACGUACACCAUGCAGACGUCCGUGCUGCCCGCGAGAGUCUGUUUGGAAAUCGAGAAACGCACUAGGAGGUUUAUCUGGGGGCACACUAGCCCCGAUUCUCAAUCCAAAAUGAACCUUGUUAGAUGGGAAGUGGUCACAACGCCUAUCCAUGCAGGGGGUUUGGGCUUGUACAGACUACAGACUCUAAAUCAAGCUUAUAUGGCAAAGCUGCGGUAUCGCCUUCAUACUGAACAUGAUCGUUUCUGGGCAAGGACGAUUUUGAGCAAAUAUGCCAACCCUCGGUGGAGCCAGUCAUCAAAGAAUAUUUCGAAUGUGUGGAGGGGGAUCAUGUCGGCACAGCACAUCACGGAAAGGGGACUGGUACAGCAGGUUCGAAAUGGUAAAUCUACAAAGUUCUGGAUGGACAAAUGGUUCAAGCCAUUUCCUUUGCAUUCUCACCUCACGACGUCGCUGAGUCUACCGGAGUUAUAUGCCACCGUUAAUGACUAUUGGGAGGAAGGUCGAGGGUGGAAAUGGGAAAGGCUUACAGGGCUCAUUCCGGAUGAUAUUCUUGAAUCACUCGCUGGGUUUGUUCUUUCGGGAGAUGAUACUGUGGAUGACGAAGUUGGCUGGGGUUUGGACAAAUCGGGCUUCUUCUCUUUAUCAUCUGCGUAUGAAGUAGCUACCCAUUCAACACCACAAUCUGGAAUGACUAUAUGGACGAAGAUUUGGGGCCUUCAAGUUCCCCACCGGAUUUGGCAUCAUGAGGAUUGCAACCACUUGUUCCGACAAUGUAAGGAGAUACGAGGGAUAUGGGAGGCCGAUCUUGGCACGCAAGCGGUUCGAGGACUCCAGCAUCUUGAUUGGGCAGACUGGCUGAAGGUGCAGAUUAAUGGUGAUCGAUACAUGGGUAUUCCCAUCACUUGGCCGGAGCGAUUCGCGAUUCGUUUGUGGUGGAUAUGGAAAUGGCGGAGUGCUAAGGUGUUUAAGCAGAAAAGUUUCCUGCUGUCUCAUAAGCUUGCAUGGCUGAAAAGGCAGGAAGAGGUGAUCAACAGUAGUUUUUCCAGACGUGCAGCUCGGGUGACGCCGAAUUCGAUUUGUGUCGCGAGAUCGGACAGUUGGACAACACCUACCGGAGGGUGGUUUAAGCUCAAUGUGGAUGGUAGUGUUAUUAACGCCACUGGUGCGGCGGGCUGCGGCUGUGUUUUGCGGGAUGAUACAGGUCGAUGGGUCGAAGGUUUCACUUACCAUAUCGGCCGAUGUUCGGUUGCGGAAGCCGAAGCUUGGGGAGUGCUUCAAGGUCUACGAAUGGCGGCACAUAAAGGAAUCUCCAACCUAAUUGUGGAAAGUGAUUCGAAGGUGACAAUCAAUCAGCUGAGGGGUACUCAUCAAAGUUUGGGUCAGCACAACAAUAUUAUCGGCCGUUGUAUCUCUGUAGCGCAAACGUUUGGCGCCAUUCGUUUCACCCACGUGUUGAGGGACCAAAACUGCCUAGCAGAUGCUAUGGCCAAGAAGGCUCUCUCGACUAAUAGUGGUGUGGUCACUUGGUCUGAAACUCCUAAUGAGUUAGCUUCUUUAGUCCUCCAUGAUCGCUUGACUGGGGGUGUGCACUAA